AGCCAUUGAGGGAGAAGCCUCUAAACUAUUCAUUAAAACAGUCAGAUAGAGGUUGAUUCCACCUCCAGUCAUCUUUAGCUACACCUCAGUUUCAGGUUGGGGAACCACUCCAGACCAUCUACCUACGAAGCCCUGGCUCUCUGCUAAAAGGAGAUUUUUCUGUAUGGAGUGCCAACUGCCUCACAUAAAAUCCGGAGUUCUAACCUAGCAGGUGUAGAAAUCAAAAUUGUCUUCUUUUUCCUUCCAUAUUUGUGGUCUAUCCUGCAGAUCCUGACUGGACAACAACAUGUCAAAUAUUGCCUUGAGAAAAUCAUCUCCUGGAAAUGAUAUGAAGAGUACUACUCUGGGGACUGCACUGAGACAACAAGGUUUUCAUGAAGUGAACAAGCGAAGGACUUUCUUACAGGAUAGCAGCUGGAUAAAGAAACGCCCAGAAGAAGAAAAAGAUGAAAACUAUGGCAGAGUGGUGCUCAAUAGACAUGGUUCCCAUGAGGCCUUAGACAGGAGUGAAAAUGAAAGGGACGAGAACAAAGUCACAAUUUCUCGGUACAGAUCUGAUGAUACUUUAGACAGGAUUUCAGACAGAAAUGAUGCUGCUAAAACUUAUAAGGCCAAUACCUUGGAUAACCGACUAACUAAUAGAGGCUUGUCCACAUUCAGAACAUCAGAAGCAACAAAGCCACCACCUGGAGCUUCUUUGAAUACCAGCACCACGACAAGCACCACUGCUGCUGCUACUCCUGUUACAACUCCUGUAAAGAAAAAGAGACAAUCCUGGUUUCCACCACCACCUCCAGGGUAUAAUGCCACCCAGAAUGCAGCAGGAAAUAGAAGGGAGCCAAGUGCUCUGCCCCUAACACUCCCAAGGCCUUAUUCUCCAGCUCCAUCACCUCCACAGGCACGACAGGAUAAUAGAAAACAAGAUCUGGAUGACAUCAUCAAAGUGGAUGCUGGUAAAAACGACAAAGGAAGUCAAGACUUGGAUAAUCUCAUCAAAAUGAACAAAAACAUGAAUAGGAACCAAGGCUUGGAUGGCAUUUUCAGAACAAAUCCUAAGGCAGAACAAACUGAUAAAAAAAAUCAGGAGCUUGAUAAUAUCAUUAAAGCCAACCCCAGAACUGACAAAAAUGGCAAAGGCAAUGAAAAUCUUGACAAUAUGAUUAAAGUGAAGGCCAGGAUUGAUGAAAAUGGCAAAGGAAACCAAAACCUUGACAAACUCAUCAAUGUGACCCCUCAUAAGGACAAAGAUGACAAAGGAAACCAAGGACUUGACAGCCUAAUUAAAGUGAAUCACACAGCAGAUAGAAAUGACAAAAAAAGCCAGGACUUUGACAGCAUCAUCAAAGUGAAUGCCAAGACAGAUAAAAAUGGAAAAGGAGAUCAAGCUCUGGAAACCCAAGUGAAACCCAAUCAGAAUGAAAAUAUCACUGGAAAACAAGAUAUUGAUAGUGUCAUCAAAGUGAACACUGAAAGAAACAAAAAUACCCAGAGGGGUCAAGAGCUUGACAGUUACAUCAAAGAGAAUCCCUCAGCAAACAGAAAUAUUCCAGGGGGCUCAAACCUGGACAAUCUAAUCAAAGUGAAUCCUGCAACCCACAGUAGUAUCCAGGGGUCCCAAGAUCUUGAUAAUCUCAUCAGAGUAAAUCCAAGAACAGAAAAAGGUGACCAGGGAAACCAAGACUUGGAUAAUCUCAUCAAAGUGAACCAAACAGCAAACAAACCUACUCCAGGGGGAGAAGGUCUUGAUGAGUUCAUCAGUGUGAACCCCAAAGCUGUCAGAAGUACCAUAGGAAACCAAGAUCUUGACAAUUUCAUCAAAGUUAAUCCUGAAACCCUCAAAAGCAAUCAGAGAAACCAAGAUGAUCUUGAUAAAUUCAUCAAAGUGACUCCUGAAUUUCUCAGAAAUAAUCAAAGGAGCCAAGACCUGGAUAGAUUCAUUAAAGUGAAUCCAACAACUUUCAGAAACAGCAAGAGAGAUCAGGACCUUGACAAUCACAUUGAAGUAAAUUCUAAUGGAUAUAACAAAAAGACUCAAGGAGACCUUGACAAUCUCAUAGAUGUAAACCCCAACACGCACAAUAAUGCAAAGUGGCUAGAGGAACAUACCAAUACAUUUACCAAUGCCCGAAACAACCAGUCCAGCAUAAACACAGCCUACUCUCAUGAAACCAGGACAUCUUCCAGCUAUAAUACUCGAACCAAGUACUCAAGUCCAAAGGACAGUGUUGUGUACACAAGGACAUAUGUGGAGAAUAGCAAAUACCCAAAGGACGGCUAUGAAGAAAGUGUCACUGGAAAAUAUAUACAAACAGUUUAUUCAACCUCUGAUAGGUCUGUCAUUGAAAAGGAUAUGUGUACCUAUUGCCGAAAGCCCCUGGGCUCAAAAACCAAGAUGAUCUUGGAUGAGUUACAGAUUUGCUGUCAUUCAACUUGCUUCAAAUGUGAAAUUUGCAAAAAACCUUUGGAAAACCUGGAAGCUGGUGAUAGCAUUUGGAUCUAUAAACAUACUGUACACUGUGAGCCUUGCUACUCCAAGGUUGUAGCCAAGUGGAUUCUGUGAUUCUGACAUGUGGAAACCAAGAUGAAUGCCAUUUACUGAGAACAUUUAGUUCUUUAAGGAAAGCUUUUUGGUUCACAAUAUUUAGCUUUAAGCUUUCUUACUGAAGAUUAAAAGAAUCUUGUGUAUAAUUGCUAAUUCUGCUAUGAAUCAAAUAGUCAAUGCAUAUGCUAAAGUUAGUCACAGGAAGGGAACUAUUCCAUGUAAAGCAGAUUUAGAGAUCAAAAAUUGAACUAGUCACCACCAUUUUCUCCAGCCUUGCCCAAAAUGACCAGUGCAAUAGCGAUGAUGCCUCUGAUGGCAAUGAGCAUUGACAGUUAAGGAGGGCACUUCCCUUUUCAGGCUGAGUCAAAGUUUUUAUUUUAAUAUUUUUUGUGGGGGCCUAUUGCUUGGUUUUUUAAUUUGCCCAUCUUUAUUUUCUCAGCCCUUCAGUGAAUGUGUCAUCCUCUUAGUUUGUAUCAUUGAUGUGAAUUAAAGUACAUUUUAAUAAGUAUCUCAUGAAAUGAAGACAUUUGCCUAGCACGUGUCCAGUUGACACCUACAACAAAGAUUUUUGAUGGCCAAUUUUUGACAAUAAUAUGGCAGCAAGAUUUAAUAUAGAGGGCAAUUUUCUACUUUAAAGUUAAGAAGGACCUAUGAUUUUGCAUUUAUCAAAAAUCUAAAGAAACAUUAUCUUGGUAGCCUAUCUUAUCAAGGAUAUUAUUUUUAUAGGCUGUUUUAAGAACCAAAGGGAAUAGAUUUGUGGGUGAGUGAUAAAAUCAUACUAAAUGUAUACUUUGUAGGUAGUACCUUUGUUAUAUUUUUCUUUGAAUGCUUUUCAAAAUCUAGUUAAGCAGGCAGUCAAUAACGAUGGUUAUGGACUACAAAAACACUUUCUUUGGUGUGGCACUUAAAUUCAUAUUGCACAGCACUUUGUAUCUGCAAAUGGAUUAUAAAAAUAAAUUGAAAUACCUGUUAACAAUAAA